AUGCAUGCGAGGGUGCAUGCACGCGUUUGGCUGGGGUUCCGGUACAGCGUAGAGCGGAGGAGAAGCCGGCAAAUCAGGGGACGAUUGCUUCACGUAAUAACGGCUUCAAAAGUCAACCAACCGCAGAUUGAUGGGGAAAAGAAGACUGGAUCAGGGAACGAGCCACAAGACAUGGAUCAAGAUCAAGGACACCAUGGCUCCAGUUUGGGUUUGUUGGCCAACAAUAUAAAAAAAAUUAUGAAUGAUAUUGAGUCCAUGUCAAACACACUCAAAGGUCUGGACGCUAGUGCACACACUAUUGAAGAGCGUCUCAAAAGAUAUGGUCUACUGCCAAAGCCAGAGCUAGAGCCAGAGCCAGAAGUUGAAAUAGGCCCAAAUGAAGUUAAAAGAGGCCCAAAGGAUCGUCUACCAUCUUUCCCUGAGAAGUUUGAUAAUCAAUCUACAAGAAUCAAUGACCACCAUUAUGCCACCAGGGGUCAGUUGAUUGAAGUCCACCACCUUCAUGUUUUCGUAUGCCAACACUGUCAAAUGUUUCAACCACUUCAUCUACAUCAUGCUUCUGCCUCCGUCUCUAUUGGAAGUCGUCCGGGUGUAGUGAACAAAGACGCAAGCAAUUGGAAGAUUCAGAUAAAUAAAAUACAACAAUUACAGGAUCUGAGCAGUGGCAUAAUUGAGAUGCUUGAAAAAGGGACGCAUGUGAUCAGAUUUCAUCUUAAUGUUUGUUAA